GCCCUGCUGCGCGCUCGCUUGCCGCGCGGCCGCACAUGUGUUUCUGUUUUGUGUUGUAGCAUUUGUUCUGGAAGCUCGUAUUUACAUUUUAAGUGUAUCUGGUGAGUGGGCUGGAGCUCUCGUCUGGGCCGGAAAAAAAAAAAGAAAGCCCUCCGAUCCAUCUUUUAGUUGCUUCCCUUUUUCUCUCCGGUUUCUCAUCACUCCAACCAGCCGCGACCAUGCCCAGGAAGAAGGCGGCGGCGGCGGCCUGGGAGGAGCCGAGCUCGGGCAACGGCACGGCCCGCGCCGGGCCCAGAAAACGCGGCGGCCUGGCGGGCAGGAAGCGCGAGCGACCGGAGCGCUGCAGUAGCAGCAGCGGCGGCGGCAGCAGCGGCGACGAGGACGGUCUGGAGCUCGACGGGGCCCCCGGAGGGGGCAAGCGCGCGGCGCGGCCGGCGGCGGCGGGCAAGGCUGGCGGCGCGGCUGUGGUCAUCACUGAGCCCGAACACACCAAGGAGCGCGUCAAACUUGAAGGGUCGAAGUGCAAAGGGCAGCUUUUGAUUUUUGGGGCAACCAACUGGGACUUGAUUGGUCGGAAAGAAGUGCCUAAACAGCAAGCCGCUUACCGCAAUCUUGGGCAGAAUCUGUGGGGGCCCCACAGGUAUGGGUGCCUGGCGGGAGUCCGGGUGCGGACGGUGGUCUCGGGCUCGUGUGCUGCGCACAGCCUCCUCAUCACCACAGAAGGGAAGCUGUGGAGCUGGGGUCGAAAUGAGAAGGGGCAGCUGGGACAUGGUGACACGAAGAGAGUGGAAGCCCCCAGACUCAUUGAGGGUCUCAGCCAUGAAGUGAUCGUGUUGGCAGCAUGUGGGCGGAACCACACCCUGGCCUUGACUGAAACGGGCUCCGUGUUUGCGUUUGGGGAGAACAAGAUGGGGCAACUGGGCCUUGGCAACCAGACAGAUGCCGUCCCCAGCCCGGCUCAGAUAAUGUACAACGGCCAGCCAAUUACCAAAAUGGCCUGUGGGGCUGAAUUCAGUAUGAUAAUGGACUGCAAAGGAAACCUCUAUUCCUUUGGGUGCCCUGAAUAUGGUCAGCUGGGACACAACUCGGAUGGGAAGUUCAUUGCCCGGGCGCAGCGGAUAGAGUACGACUGUGAGCUGGUACCCCGGAGAGUGGCCAUCUUCAUUGAGAAGACGAAAGAUGGGCAGAUUCUGCCCGUACCAAACGUGGUUGUUCGAGACGUGGCCUGUGGCGCUAACCACACACUGGUCCUGGACUCCCAGAAGCGAGUCUUCUCUUGGGGCUUUGGUGGCUAUGGCCGGCUAGGCCACGCGGAGCAGAAGGAUGAGAUGGUCCCUCGCCUGGUGAAGCUGUUUGAUUUCCCUGGUCGUGGGGCAUCCCAGAUCUACGCUGGUUACACCUGCUCCUUUGCUGUCAGUGAAGUGGGUGGUCUGUUUUUCUGGGGGGCUACCAAUACUUCCCGUGAGUCUACUAUGUAUCCGAAAGCAGUACAGGACCUCUGUGGCUGGAGAAUCCGGAGCCUGGCUUGCGGGAAGAGCAGCAUCAUCGUGGCCGCAGACGAGAGCACCAUCAGCUGGGGGCCAUCGCCGACCUUCGGGGAACUGGGCUACGGGGACCACAAGCCCAAGUCUUCCACUGCAGCCCAGGAGGUGAAGACUCUGGAUGGCAUCUUCUCAGAGCAGGUCGCCAUGGGCUACUCACACUCUUUGGUGAUAGCAAGAGAUGAAAGCGAGACUGAGAAAGAGAAGAUCAAGAAACUGCCAGAAUACAAUCCCCGAACCCUCUGAUGGUCCUGGAGACUCCUCCAACUCCACACCUCUCGCGGCAGCUGUCAUUUCCAUGUGCACUGGGAAGUGAAGUCAAACGAGGAAUUGAAAAAAGCAAAAGUUGACCGAAGGUGCAUUUGUUAGACUCCCUGAGGUUCCGUUUUAUAAGUGACCCAACAUUAACUACCUUUUUCUGUAUGCUUUCCAAAGUAUGUUUUUUUUCUCUUCAUGUUUAAUUAAAAUAUUUGCUCAUGGUUGACUUACCAUUCCUACAAAAAAAGGCAGAAACUUUGAGCAACCUAGGUUUUUUUUAAGUUGCUUUUUCUUUUUUCUUCUAAGUCUACUUCCCCAAACACCCUUUCCAGUCAUGAUUAGCAUUGUGAUCUGAGUGGGUGCUGCGUGGAAGAGGAAUCACCAUUUACUCAGAAAAGAUGUCCUGUACGGGAACCAGCAGCAUCCAGGCAAAACCGCGCUUGUGUCCUGGAGCAUCCUGGUCACGCCUUUCCUGCUUUUUCUUGCAGACCGGCCAAGGCCUGCGCUUGUUCUGUUUCUCCCCACGGCUGCUUGCGAGGCCCACGGCCUUCUGGCUGCACCGUGAAUAGAAUCUGCCGUUUCCCCCCCAGGUGGGGGUUUGGGGUCUGUGUUUAGCCAUUUUUAUCUCCUUCAGCUGUAAAGGAAACCCAAAUGAAAAUCAGGUGAUUGUGGAACCAUGGGGACUUGGGGGUGGGGCAGAGAUGAGGAACAUUUAUGUCUUCUGCAAGGUCCGGCUUUGUGGCUCCCUGCAGAGCGGGCCUUGUCACUAGCACUCGCCAAUUAGAGAUUUAUCAGCCAGCAGUAAAAAGUGCUUUCUCCAGUCCUUGCAAAGAAGGAUCAGCUAUUUGUCAUACCAGCCUUUAUCACCUUUGUGCUUCGGUCUUUUCUUUCUCUUCCCCCCGCCUGGAUCCUGCUUACAAUGGGCUGUCCUAUUUCUGAGACUUGGGGUACCGUUCUGCUAACCCAGCUCUCUAGUCGCAUUUGCUUGGCUCUGGUACCAAAUACUUGGGAUUACUGAAGAAGUCCCCCUUCCUGUGUGUCAGCGCCGAUGCUGUGACUGCCACCCGCUGCCCGUCAAGUGCCCUCUGCCCGAGCUCGCCACCAAUGUGCGCUGUGCUGCGUGAGUUACGAGGUGCCUUUCCCGGAACCCUCCGCUCACUUGGACCCAAGAGAGGUGACAGCUGUGGCUGGGGCUCUUGGUUUCCAGAGCGUCUGGACUGGUUUGGGUGCUUUAAAAUAGAUUUUUAGUUCAGUGGUGCUUACGGGGGAGGUGGGGGUAAGACUUCAGUAUGAGACUGGGGUGGACGGGAAAGUUCCGUAUUGGUCUCUCUCAGUUUGCUUUGCUUUUGCUAUUGUUACCAUUUGUCAUUGUCUCGAUGUUAAAAUGCCAAAAAUGAUCUAGUCGUCGUCGUUUUUUCCCUGUCUUCCACCCCCGUCACUCCUUACUAUGGUGACUUUCUGCCCUAGCAGGGCACAUAGCAGUAUCUGUCCUGGCCAGUUCCAAGACGCUGCAGGAGGAGACUGGCCUGCAUCUUUCUAAGAGUUGUCAUGCUCAUCUCUUUGUCCUAUGUCCAAUCGAUAGUCCAGGGGAGAAGCUUCUGCAACUUCAGAGCUUCUGCUAAACUAACUUAAUUUGUCCAAAUCACCCCAAAAUCACCAUCUCCAACUCAAAGCUUCCAUGUGACAACCUAAUAAGUUUCCCUGGAUAGGCCUUCACUGGCACGCAGCUCAGACAGCUGUGUUCUGUGUCACCAAGAGGGUCGAGGAAGCAGCACCCUGGGUCCUGGCCUUUGCAGAAGCCUCCUUGUGUGGAGCUGGGCCUAAGGCCACCCACGAAUCCGCCUCAGCCUCUUCUGGAACCCUUGCUAGGGACAGGAGCAGGAAAAGGACCUUCCAAGUGAAGACUUCCCUGUCCCCUGGCCCCAUGUACCUCCCUUCACUUCCUUUUGGCUUAGAAUUUAAAAUGAACUUCCUAAUGAGGAAGAUCCUUUCGAACAAGGGGGAGGGGUGGUCCUGUGCUCCUGCAGAAAGGUGCCCAGCAACCUGGCUUGGCUGGGGAUGUGCUUGGCGCUGGCCCUGUGGGUUGUCUGGCCAGUCUUCCAGCUCAGGAAGGAGAAUUUAAAAGACAAGGCAUGAGGGUGCGGAAGAGCGGAAGAGCAGGUUGUGAUUUGGUCGAAGGUGCCUGGUUUAGUGCUGUAAUUGUCUUUUUUUUUUUUAUAUAUAUAUAUUUCUUGGAGUAAACAUUUUAAAUAAAUGGCAUCAUUGUUUA